AUAGCAACCGGAGGCUUCUAAACAACGUGCCCUGGCGCCCCAGCCUCCAGGUCCGACUGCCCUCGGUGAUCCGGGCCUGGCGAGUCUCCGCCUGGGUUCUCCCGCUCCCCUGGGCUGCUGACGCCUGCCUGCCGCCAUGGCAGAAUUGGGCCUAAAUGAGCACCAUCAAAAUGAAGUUAUUAAUUAUAUGCGUUUUGCUCGUUCAAAGAGGGGCUUGAGACUCAAAACUGUAGAUUCCUGCUUCCAAGACCUCCAGGAGAGCAGGCUGGUGGAGGAGACCUUCACCGCAGACGAAGUCUCGGAAGUCCUGAACGGGUUGCAGGCUGUGGUCCACAGCGAGGUGGAGUCUGAGCUCAUCAACACAGCCUAUACCAAUGUGCUGCUCCUGCGGCAGCUGUUCUCACAGGCUGAGAAGUGGUACCUCAAGCUACAAACAGAUAUCUCUGAACUUGAAAACAGAGAAUUAUUAGAACAAGUUGCAGAAUUUGAAAAAGCAGAAUUUACAUCUUCAAAUAAAAAGCCCAUCAUAGAUAUCAUAAAGCCAAAACUUGCUCCACUUAAUGAAGGUGGAACAGCAGAACUCCUAAACAAGGAAAUCUUAAGACUUCAAGAAGAGAAUGAGAAAUUGAAGUCAAGGCUGAAGACUAUUGAAAUACAGGCAACAGAGGCAUUGAAUGAGAAGUCAAAACUAGAAAAAGCACUGCAAGAUUUACAGCUUGAUCAAGGAAACCAAAAGGAUUUUAUAAAGGCCCAAGACUUGAGUGACUUAGAAAACACCGUUGCUACCUUGAAGAGUGAGUUUGAGAAGACACUGAAUGACAAGACAGAAAACCAGAAGUCCUUGGAGGAGAAGCUCGUGACAGCCAAGCAUGACCUACUCAGAGUUCAGGAGCAGCUGAGCCUGGCUGAGAAGGAAUUAGAGAAGAAAUUCCAACAAACAGCAGCUUAUCGAAACAUGAAAGAGAUUCUGACCAGGAAGAACGACCAAAUCAAAGACCUGAGGAAAAGACUGGCAAAGUAUGAAUCUGAAGACUGAAAAGAUUUCACCUGGAAGCUGCCACAGCAUGACAGGACAAGCUGUUGUCACCUCAGGCAUGUAUUCCGAAGCAGUUUAUUAAUUCCCUCUCUUAUUUUUCUAAUAUUUAGACUUUGCUUCUAAAAUUUAGAACUAGAGUUUCUAUUUCGGUUACCUAACUGAGAAGAUAGAAAGCCUGCUGACUGAUUCUGGCCGCUCACCCCACACUCCUCUCUGCCGCGUGUCGCAGUCUCGGUUCAGACGCAGUGAGGGUUCUUCAUAGUGAGAAGAGCGCCAGUGGGGAGAACAGUCAUAGUCUUUGGCGUUAGUAUCAAGAGUAUACGUUUGUAAUAAGUGUUAAAGCUGGCAUUGUCUACACUUGUGCAUUCCCCAGGGUAAAAAUAAAUGUACUGUUAUUAAAGAUAGUUACUAUGAAUAAACCUUAUUUUUAAAAAUGAAA